AUGACUGUUUCAUCUUACUAUGGCAAACUAAACUCUUUGUGGGAGGAGUUAUCUAAACAUGUUUCUUUAAUAUCUUGUCAUUGUUGCACUCAAUCAACUGCUGGUUUACAACACCAAGAACGUAGAGUACAUGAGAAAUUACAUGAUUUUUUAAUGGGCCUUUACUCGGAAUACUAUGCGCGUCUCCACAUGCAAAUUCUUUCAACCGAACCGCUGCCCUCCCUGGAUCGCGCUUAUCAGUUAGUUGUCCAGGAUGAGCGAGUUCGGCUCACCAAAUCUGUCCUGGAUGAUCAAUCCAGUUCGGUGCUUGGCUUUGCAUUGCGUGCUAGUUCGAGUCCCGGUCGUGGCACAGGUGAUCGUCCGGUAUGCACCCGUUGUCACAAGGUAGGCCAUGAUGUUUCUAAGUGUUGGUCCUUCUUAGUUUGUACUCAAUGUAAGAAGAAUGGGCAUGAAAUUGGUUAUUAUUAUGAGUUGGUUGGUUACCCUGAAAAUUUCGGCUCGGGUCGUGGCUCCUCUACUUCAAGUGGUCGUUGCUCCUCCACCUCGCGUGGUUGUGGCUCUGCAAAAGCUCACACCAUUCAUACUGUGGGUACUCCAUCUUCAGAUUCAAAUGACCCUACUUCCACUUUAUCUACCGAUGGUCAAUGGAAAGCUCUUGCCGGGCUUCUUGGUCAUACAAAAGUUCCUGAUGCUCGUCUGAAUGGUGAGUUUGAUUCUUCUUUGUGGAUUAUUGACACUGGUGCCUCGCAUCACGUCACUAGUGAGAAAUCCUGGUUAUUUGAUUUGGUGGAUAUUGUUGAUUGUCCUGUUGGUUUGCCUAAUGGUGACUCUGUACUUGCCACUCAAAAGGGCUCGGUUCGUCUAUCUGACUCCAUUACUCUCACUUAUGUGCUCUUUGUUCCCACUUUCGGUUUUAGUUUACUUUCAGUUUCACAAUUAACUCGUGCUUUGAAUUGUAUUGUACAAUUUAACUCUUCUAUGUGUGCUAUAGAUGACGAAACGAGGGCGCUGAUUGGAACGGGGCAUAAAAGAGAUGAACUUUACUACUUUAACGGAGGAGUUACUCUGCAUCAGGUCACCAUCAACAGUGCUACUUCGGAUUUUGAUCUAUGGCAUAAAAGGAUGGGCCAUUCUUUGAAAAAAGUGGUGAAGUUACUUCCCCCCUCUUUAUGGUGA